AUGUUUUCAAAAUUUAUAAAUAGAUCAAAAAGUAUAUUGUUGAAAAAACAAUGUUUAACUUCAUAUAGAUAUUCAUCAAUUAUUUCGGUUCAUAGAGAUACAAAAGAAGAUAAUCAAAAUAUGCCAUUUGAAUUUGAUUCAGAAAAUAAAAAAAGAGCAGAAGAAAUUAUUAAAAAAUAUCCACCACAAUAUAAAAAAGGAGCAGUUAUGCCAUUAUUAGAUUUAGGUCAAAGACAAUUAGGUUUUACAUCAAUCAGUGUUAUGAAUUAUGUAGCUAAAUAUUUAGAUAUGCCACCAAUGAGAGUUUAUGAAGUUGCAACAUUUUAUACGAUGUAUAAUAGACAUCCAAUGGGUAAAUAUAAUUUACAAGUUUGUACAACAACACCAUGUCAGUUAUGUGGUAGUGAUGGUAUAAUGAAAGCUAUAACUGAUUAUUUAAAAAUUAAACCAGGUCAAACAACAAAGGAUAAAUUAUUUACAUUACAAGAAGUUGAAUGUUUAGGAGCAUGUGUUAAUGCACCAAUGAUUGCAAUAAAUGAUGAUUAUCAUGAAGAUUUGACCGCAGAAGCAACAGUUGAUUUAUUAAAACAAUUACAAGAAGGUAAAGAGUUGACUUCAAUUGGACCAGUGUUAAAUAAAAGAGAAUCUUGUGAACCUUUCAGUGGUAGAAAAGUAUUAUUAAAUAAAGAACCAACAGAUAUUAGAAAAUUUACAAGAUCAGAUUUAUAA